AUGGACAAGUAUCGAUACGAGACCCCCGACGCAUGGAAAAGGGGAUUCUGUUUGUCUGUACGCGAUCUAGUAGAUCCUGAAAGCAAGCUGGCCCAGAAGUAUCCUCAUCUCUGUCAGAUCUUUCGGCAUCGCCUGGAAACUGCCUAUUCAGAGAGGCAGUUUAAGCCAGUCUCGCUUUGCGCACAUACUGAUUACGAAAACGGGUAUCAAGGUAGUCGAAGUGAUUCUGACCACUUUCAACGAACUGAAUGGUUCAGACAAUUGCAGAAAGCCGACUGGAUGAAAGACGACACUCGGAAUCGAAUGGAGCACAUUUGCCCUGAUGUCUCAAAGCGAAUGGACUUUUACGGCAUUGCGGGCGAAGGCACUUUUGGCUCAGUGUUUCUGGCUCGCGAGCACAAUGAGGAGGCAGCGGACCCCAAUCAUCUCGAGCAUUACGCUGUCAAGGUGACAAAGCAUGAAACUCUGAUCGGUGGCUUGCACGACGGUCUCUGGGAAGCUCCGAAUGGAGUUGUUCCUGAUACUCGAGCUCCCCCGACCUACAUUCCCAGUGAAGCUCUGGUGAUGUUUUUUCUCACUGACAGUGACAGGUUCCCAAAAUUGGAUUCCGUCUACACCCAUGAUCGCUUUCAAGCCAUCGUCAUGUCUCCAUGUGUUGACUAUAGUUCGGAGCGACAACCCGUGCCCUCGGGCGAUUAUGACCGUCAGUUUCCCGGCUUCACGGCUCGGUAUCUGCUCACAAAGGACCGUAAACCCCUUCUCAGCGUGAACCAGGCAUGCAAGGUAUCGGCUCAGCUUUUGGAAGCCAUGAGACAUCUGGCAGAUAUGAAUAUCUGGCACAACGAUAUCUCUGUCAACAACAUAUUGGUGGACAAGAAUUUGAAUGCUCAAAUGAUUGACCUCGGUGAAUUCGCUUUCGGAUUGGAAGAACAAGACUUUCUUCAGGCAGGCUUUCGGUCUGUCCCAUUCCAGGAAUAUCAGAUGUUCCCAGAGCUCGCGUUGAGCGAGGAGAAAGACAACGGCAUCUGUAGGAGCGACCUACACGACUUACGCGAAGAAUGUAUGUGGAAAUUCGGUACGAUCAUAUAUGGUAUUUUACACGGCCAUUGGCCCUGGGACGAAGCCCCGAAGAACGGCGAGCCACAUCGGGAUUUGUUGGAUCCAGAUGUCUACUAUGACAAGUCGCAUAUCUAUCAUCGGAGAAAUCGCAUUCUGAACGAGCCAUUGCCGAUUGAUGAGAAUCUACCACAGGAUUGCAAGGUCGUUUUGCAGUCCAUGUUCAGUAAAGACCCCGCGGAACGGCCUAGUCUUGCAGAAUUGGAGGGUUAUCCUUGGUUUGCGCAAUGGGCUCGGGAGACUCAGGUUUUCGAGCGCCCAUUUUCCAAAGAGUUUCGCAGCACUUACACGCAGCGGCGUCGUUGA